ACUCGAAUUCAAAUUUGGACCAAUUUCCAUUCAGCCACCAACAUUUUUCUCUGCAAUUUUUCUUCAUUUAUAUUUGGACACACCAACUUCCCAAAAGCGCGGAGCAACCAAAUUUUCCGACACCCCCUUUUGUCCUACCUACUUCAUUUUCUCGUAUUAACAUUUUUAAGAAUGAAUUUUCCAGAAAACCCAUUAAUCCCGAAUUUUAUAUACAGUAGUUGGUCAAGUAAAUCAAACAAUCAGAAUCAACAAGUCCCUCGUGGCUUUGUAAUUCCGGCACCAGCCGAGAAGGGAUCAAUCGAGAUGUUUUCACCGGCGUAUUAUUGGGCCUCCGCCGCCGGUGGGCUUUUGAGCUGUGGUUUGACUCACACCGCCGUUACCCCACUCGACAUCGUCAAGUGCAAUAUGCAGUACAAAAGCGUGGGCUCGGGUUUUAACGUGGUGCUAAGGGAGCAAGGGGUGAGAGGCUUCUUCAAGGGGUGGGCCCCGACUUUGCUCGGGUAUAGUGCGCAGGGAGCUUUUAAAUACGGUUUAUACGAAUAUUUCAAGAAGUAUUACUCGGAUGUUGUGGGCCCCGAGCAGGCCGUCAAGUACAAGACACUGAUAUAUUUGGCGGGCUCGGCUUCGGCCGAGGUUAUAGCCGAUGUUGCCCUUUGCCCGUUUGAGGCAGUUAAGGUUCGAGUCCAAACUCAACCGGGCUUUGCCAGGGGUUUGGUUGAUGGGCUUCCAAAGAUUGUCCGGGCCCAAGGGGUUGCCGGGCUGUACAAAGGGAUUGUUCCACUUUGGGGACGACAAAUUCCAUAUACAAUGAUGAAGUUCGCAACGUUUGAGAACAUUGUUGAGGGCAUAUAUAAGUAUGUCAUCCCGACUCCAAAGAAUGAAUGCAGCAAGAGUUUGCAGCUCGGCGUUAGCUUUUCCGGUGGUUACAUAGCUGGCGUUUUUUGUGCCGUUGUUUCUCAUCCUGCAGACAAUUUGGUCUCUUUCCUCAACAAUUCUAAGGGAGCGACUAUUGGCGAUGCUGUGAAAAAACUUGGGUUGUGGGGUCUUUGUAGCCGAGGCCUCCCCCUUCGUAUUGUCAUGAUCGGUACACUCACUGGAACACAGUGGGGUAUCUAUGAUGCAUCCAAGGUCUUCUUUGGCCUGCCUACUACUGGUGGAAGUCCUGUCCCUGCACCAAAGUGAAGAAGAGAAAUUUGAAAUUUUGUGAUAAAACAUCACUACUUAAAAUAUUUAUUAAAGAGAAGAAUAAAGUUACUUCCCCAUAAAAGUAUAGUAUUUCAUAGCAUAAAUAUGUAUUUUUGUUAAAAAUGUAUGAUGAGUCGACUCGACUAAUGGUUAACUUGUAUCACACAAGAAUUUGUUCCAUCAUAUAAGACACUUAAAUUAUGAUCCCUACAUAAUAUAGUUCAUUUUCCUCUCUCUUUUUCCAUGUAGCCACAACUUCAGGCAUAUCGUUUUCAUUUAGUUUUUGUACAGGAGUCAAGGUAGGAUAAAGGAUAUAAAAUAUUUUAAGAGUCAUGAGAUGAAACUUCACAUUGUCUUACCACCUAGUGAAAAUAUCAAACAUAUCCUGUAAUACAAGGUCGUGAUUCAUAAUCUUGAUUGUCCC